CCCGCCUUGGCCUCCCAAGAGCUAGGAUUACAGGCGUGAGCCACAGCGCCCGGCCUCAGUAGCAUCUCUAUAACUAACAUUUGAAGGGAAGAGAAGGCCUGAGAAAGGUCUUAGACUAGUCCAAGGGUGAAGAAGUAAAUAGGUAUUUAAAGAAGUGGAGAUUAUAACAAUUUGGUGACAACAAACUUUACUUGUACUUAGAAUUUUUUUUCCUUAAUACUUGAUAAUAUGCUAGUUGAUCAUAUGGUAAUAAUAUGCUGAGGACUUUUCCCAAUUUAUAAUCUAAAGCAAAAUUAACUAAUGUAUGUGGUGUUAUUGAAAUCCACUUAAAAUGCAUUAGUAGACGUAUUGGUCCCACUAAUACUAACACCCUGUUACCCACUCUGCUGUGGCAUUUCCACUUUAUUUUAAAUAUUUUAUUUUAUUUCAAAAUGUUAAGGGGCUACAAAUGUUUUUGUUAUGUGGGUACCUUCUAUAAUGCUUAAGUUGGAGCUUUUAGUGUGCCCAUCACCCAAAUAGUUUUUCCACUUUAAUAUGGCAGUGUUGGUGCAACCCAGGUGUCAGGGGGGUGUCUCAGAGGGGUGAACCAACCUCCCAGAACUUACUUAAAACUCUUACUGAUGGAACUGUCAUGUUCACAUAGCAAGGAUAUUAGAGAGGAGUUGAGAAAGCAUUGCACGACACAUAUUCUAGUCUUUUCCUCUCUUAGUUUUUAGGGUCAAUACUCCCUUUCUCUUGGAAAUGAGAAGAGGAUAGAAGCCGUUUUCCACUGUUCUGUUGAGAGGAGUUCCAAAAUACUCACAUUCUACCUAAGUGUAAGGGUGACCCCCUGACCAUUUCCAGGUUAGGAAAUACAUUUAUUUCUUUCCCUCAUAUGUUCCUCUCUACAAAGAGAAUGCAAAACCAUAAUUCUUAACAGUUCCUCAAUGAUUAUUCACUUUUGUUCUUCCAUAUUUCUCUAGUGAAGAUUUAAAUAUUUAAUUCUUUAUAUUCCUGGAAUUAACUGCCUUCUGAUGAUGCAUUUAAGUGCUGACGUUGUUAGAAGGGGGGAGAAACCCUCAACAUUUUCAGGCAUAAAUCAUUGUAAACCGUGGUUAUAAAGUUUCCUCCUUUCCGAAAUAAAGUGCUACUUUUUUGCUUGGAGACUUAUUGUCAUCUCCAUGAAGUUAUUACAGUGAUAUAGUAGCGUCAUGAUGCCUCACAAGCUCAUAAUUCUUCCUCAUGCCCUGGCCUCUGUCCUGUCUACUUUUCUUGGUUAUCAUGUCUUAAAGCUCCUUUUGUAUUUGCCUGUAUCUGUAGAUUUAGGAGAAACGAGAUACUCCAGGUUCUAAAAUCACCAAGCUGAAUUUUAUCAAUUACUUAUAAUUCCUUGCUCUCCGCACCUAGCCAGCGUGGCCUGAGGUAUUCAUGGGCAUGUUUGGGCUGAUGGAGUCUGAGAGAGACCAGAAGCACUGUCCAAGGUUAAAUAGAACAUAAAUAUAUAAAGUAAGGGCUGCCAGUAUGCAUGGCAUUUUUAAAUUUAGUAAUAGCCCAAAUGGGCAUUGAAUAAAAUAAUAAAGGUCGUUUCUCUGCUUAAGCCAUUCACAACUCUGGCGAAGGUCCUGUUAAUAAUAAGAUAUUUUAUAGGACUUCAGUGUUUACUGUAGCAAGGAGGAAAGUCUACACCUGUUAGACUUUCAAAGAGCUUCAAAAGCCGUCUCUAAUCUAAGGCCAGGCCCAGGGCUCUGGAGUUGUCCCACACAUCUGACAGACUUGUUUGCAUACUUAGGUGGUCCCUAGGAGACAGAGACCUGUGAUUUGGAGACAUUGGUGGCAUUUCUCUUCAGCUCCUGCCAUCCCAGGAAGCAGAGGAGAGGUGGCCUUUUGGAUAACAUGUGUUUGUUAGCCUGCCUCUUCGGCUUCUGCUGAGCAGCAUACUGGAGCAUAAUGAAAGAGUCUAUUUUGAGGCUUCAAAAGUAGUGCUGCUACAGACCAUGAGCAAGAGAGAGAGAGAGUGGACUUCAGCCUGCACGGAUGGUCUUGAAAAGCCAAUGGUUUUUGGUCUAGGCAUCUUAUAUUGAAAUCCUCCACUGCCACCCUUUCUACUCAAGCAAAAUCUGUGUGAAAAGAUCCGCUGGAAGGAACUGACGGCUUAUGGUUCUCCAUUGUGAUGAAAGCACAUGCUACAAUUUUCCAAAGAAAUUAGACCAUUUUCAUGGUGAAAAGAAAUCAACCUGCUGUUCUCAUAGGGUAUUUCUCACUUCUCUGUGAAAGGAAGAAAGAGCACGCCUGAGUCCACAAGCCCUCCAGCUUCCGUGGGAAGUCUCCAUGGUGAAGUAUAGGCUGAGGCUACCUGUGAACAGUGCGCAGUGAAUGUUAAUCCAGAGCUGCUGUUGGCGGAUUGUACCCACGGGGAGAUGAUUCCUCAUGAAGAGCCUGGAUCCCCUACAGAAAUCAAAUGUGACUUUCCGUUUAUCAGACUAAAAUCAGAGCCAGCCAGACAGUGAAACAGUCACCGUGGAGGGGGGACGGCGAAAAAUGAAAUCCAACCAAGAGCGGAGCAACGAAUGCCUGCCUCCCAAGAAGCGUGAGAUCCCCGCCACCAGCCGGUCCUCCGAGGAGAAGGCCCCCGCCCUGCCCAGCGACAACCACCGGGCGGAGGGCGCGCCAUGGCUCCCAGGCAACCCUGGUGGCCGCGGCCAUGGGGGUGGGAGGCACGGGCCGGCGGGGACCUCGGCGGCGGAGCUUGGUUUACAACAGGGAAUAGGUUUACACAAAGCAUUGUCCACGGGGCUGGACUACUCCCCGCCCAGCGCUCCCAGGUCUGUCCCGGCGGCCACCACGUUGCCCACGGGGUACCCUCCCCCGCAGUCAGGGACUCCAGUGUCCCCCGUGCAGUACACUCACCUGCCGCACACCUUCCAGUUCAUUGGGUCCUCCCAGUACAGCGGGCCCUACACCGGCUUCAUCCCGUCACAGCUGAUCUCCCCGACGGCCAACCCGGUCACCAGCUCGGUGGCCUCGGCCGCGGGGGCCGCCACUCCAUCCCAGCGCUCCCAGCUGGAGGCCUAUUCCACCCUGCUGGCCAACGUGGGCAGCCUGAGCCAGGCACCGGGACACAAGAUUGAGCCGCAGCAGCAGCACCUCGGCAGGGCUCCGGGGCUCAUCACGCCGGGGUCCCCGCCCCCCGCCCAGCAGAACCAGUACGUCCACAUCUCCAGUCCUCCGCAGAGCGCCGGGCGCGCCGCCUCUCCCCCGGCCAUCCCCGUGCACCUGCACCCGCACCAGACGAUGAUCCCGCACGCGCUCGCGCUGGGGCCCUCCUCCCAGGUCGUCGUGCAGUACAGCGACUCCGGCGGCCACUUCGUCCCCCGGGAGUCCGCCAAGAAGGCCGAGAGCAGCAGGCUGCAGCAGGCCGUGCAGGCCAAGGAGGUCCUCAACGGCGAGAUGGAGAAGAGCCGGCGGUACGGGGCUCCGUCCUCGGCCGACCUGGGCCUGGGCAAGGCGGGCAGCAAGUCGGUCCCGCACCCGUACGAGUCCAGGCACGUGGUGGUCCACCCGGGCGCCGCGGACUACGGCGGCCGCGACCCUGCGGGGGUCCGGGCCUCGGUGAUGGUCCUGCCCAACAGCAGCACGCCCGCGGGCGACAUGGAGGUGCCGCACGCCCCGCACCGGGAGGCCUCCCCCUCCACCCUCAACGACAAGAGCGGCCUGCACUUAGGGAAGCCCGGCCACCGGUCCUACGCGCUGUCACCCCACACGGUCAUCCAGACCACACACAGCGCCUCCGAGCCACUCCCGGUGGGACUGCCAGCCACAGCCUUCUACGCGGGGACCCAACCCCCUGUCAUCGGCUACCUGAGCGGCCAGCAGCAAGCAAUCACCUACGCCGGCAGCCUGCCCCAGCACCUGGUGAUCCCCGGCACGCAGCCCCUGCUCAUCCCGGUCGGCAGCGCGGACGUGGAAGCGUCGGGGGCAGCCCCUGCCAUCGUCACAUCGUCCCCCCAGUUCGCUGCAGUGCCUCACACCUUCGUCACCACGGCCCUUCCCAAGAGCGAGAACUUCAGCCCCGAGGCCCUGGGCACCCAGGCCGCCUACCCGGCCAUGGUGCAGGCCCAGAUCCACCUGCCCGUGGUGCAGUCGGUGGCGUCCCCCGCGGCGCCCGCCCCCACGCUGCCCCCCUACUUCAUGAAAGGCUCCAUCAUCCAGCUGGCCAACGGGGAGCUGAAGAAGGUGGAAGACUUAAAAACGGAAGACUUCAUCCAGAGUGCGGAGAUCAGCAACGACCUGAAAAUCGACUCCAGCACGGUGGAGAGGAUCGAGGACAGCCACAGCCCGGGCGUCGCCGUGAUACAGUUCGCCGUCGGGGAGCACCGAGCACAGGUCAGCGUUGAAGUUUUGGUAGAGUAUCCUUUUUUCGUGUUUGGACAGGGCUGGUCAUCGUGCUGUCCAGAGAGAACCAGCCAGCUCUUUGACUUGCCGUGUUCCAAACUCUCAGUGGGGGACGUCUGCAUCUCGCUGACCCUCAAGAACCUGAAGAACGGCUCUGUUAAGAAGGGCCAGCCCGCGGAUCCGGCCAGCGUCCUGCUGAAGCACUCAAAGACCGACAGCCUGGCGGGCAGCAGACACAGGUACGCCGAGCAGGAAAACGGAAUUAACCAGGGAAGUGCCCAGAUGCUCUCCGAGAAUGGUGAACUGAAGUUUCCAGAAAAAAUAGGAUUGCCUGCAGCGCCCUUCCUCACCAAAAUAGAACCCAGCAAGCCCGCGGCCACGAGGAAGAGGAGGUGGUCGGCGCCGGAGACCCGCAAACUGGAGAAGUCAGAAGACGAACCACCUUUGACUCUUCCCAAGCCUUCUCUAAUUCCUCAGGAGGUUAAGAUUUGCAUUGAAGGCCGGUCUAACGUAGGCAAGUAGAGGCAGUGUGGGGAAAGGAAGGAACCGUGGCUCUCCCUUACCCCGUUGUAUCCAGAUUACUGUACUGUAGGCUAAAUAACACAGUAUUUACAUGUUAUCCUUAUUUUAGGUUUCUGUUCUAACCUUGUCAUUAGAGUUACAGCAGGUGUGUCGCAGGAGAUUGGUGCAUAUGCUUUUUCCACGAGUGGCUGUCAGCAAGGGUGGGUGCAGGGCCAGAGCAGGGGCAGUCCGGGCUUCAGGCAGGCGACCCGGGAAGGAAGGCAUGUGGCCUCCUGGCGCCUGUCUUCCGCAGCGGCGCAGAAGCGUGCGGUGGGCGCUGACUCCCGCCAGUGUCGAGAGAAAGUCGCGUGGGGAGGGACCUGCAGGGGUGCGUGCAUGUCGGGGUGCACGGGGUGCCGGGCGGUGAGCGAGGGUCUCUUUUUCUCUGCCUCCCUCUGUCUCCCUCUCUUGCUGCCAGCAUGGGAUUGGGGGUCCCGAGCAGUGUCCUCCUGGGGUUCCCACGUGCAACAUCAACAUCAGGAACCCAGCUUCAGGGCAUCGUAGAGAGGCUCAGACGGCAGAAAAGAACAUUUUUUUCUCUCCAACAUAUUUUACAAUAAAAGCAACUUUUAAUCGUAUAGAUAUAUAUUUCCCCCUAUGGGGCCUGACUGCACUGAUAUAUAUAUAUAUAUAUAUAUAUAUUUUUUUUUUUUUUAAAAAAGAGCAACUGCCACACGUGGGAUUUCGUUUCUGCUUUGCUAGUGCAGUGAUGUCGCCAGGGUGUCAUGGUGGCCAGGGAAGCCGCCACUCACGUGGCCCCACGAGGGGGGUGGGGGCGGGGUGGGGGAGAAUGAAUGCCCACUGCUGGUCUCUGUGCAGUGUUAGGAAAACCAAUCAGGUUCUUGCAUUGACUUCGCUCCCAAGAGGUAGAUGCAAACUGCCCUUCAGUGAGAGCAACAGGAGCUCUUCGAGUUGAGUUUGCAAAAUCUUUUUGUCUUUUAACUCUAGUACUGUUUAUAGUUCAUGACUAUGGACAACUCUAUGGGUGCCACUUUUUUCAGAUUCCAGUGUGACAUGAGGAAUUAGAUUUUGAAGAUGAGCAUAUAUUACUAUCUCUAAGCACUUAAAAUGCUGUUCACAUUUUAUUACCAAGCAUCUUGGUCUAUCAUUCAACAAGUACUGUAUCUCACUUUAAACUCUUUGGGAAGAAAAACAACAAACAAAAAAAUUGAGUUGCUUUCUUUUUUUCAACACUGUAACUACAUUUCAGCUCUGCAGAAGUUGCUCACAAGCAAGAUAUUGAAAGUUUCAAUGUGGUUUAAAGGGAUGAAUGUGAAUUAUGAACUAGUAUGUGACAAUAAAUGACCACCAAGUACUACCUGACAGGAGGCACUUUUCACUUUGAUGUCUGAGAAAGAGUUAAAGGCAUAUGCAGAGUUGGCAGAGAAACUGAGAGAAAAGGGACUGAGAAAAGAAUACUCAUUUUUGUCCAGUGUUUUUCUUUUUAAGAUGAACUUUUAAAGAACCUUGCGAUUUGCACAUCUUGAGUUUAUAAUUUGUGUGAUAUUCCUGCAGUUUUUAUCCAAUAACAUUGUGGGAAAGGUUUGGGGGACUGAACGAGCAUAAAUAAAUGUAGCAAAAUUACUUUCUAACCUGCCUAAACUCUAGGCCAUUUUAUAAGGUUAUGUUCCUUCAGAAUUCAUUUUGGUCUUUUUACCACAUCUUUCACAAAAAGCCAGGUCUUAGCAGGACAACUCUGAGAAUUUUCUUCAGAUUCAUUGAGAGAGUUUUCCAUAAAGACAUUUAUAUAUGUGAGCAAGUUUUUUUAAAACAAUUAUUUUAUCAUUGUUGUUAUUAAUGUUAUUUUCAGAAUGACUAUUAUUUUUUCUUUUCAAAAUCAAAUCAAGAUUUGAUUAAUGUUUGGUACAAACCCAGAAAGGGUAUUUCAUGGUCUAAGCCUUUCAUUCCCAGAGAUCUGCAAUAUCUCAUUUGUGGGUUUUGAGUGCGUCGUAAAGUGCUUUAAAAAAAGAGUUUUAUAAGUAGGGAGAAAUUUUUAAAUAUUCUUACUUGGAUGGCUGCAAUUAACCUGAACAAAUACUUACCUGAUUUUCUUUUACCAUUGAAAAUAGUAUUUCUUCCAUUUCACAAAUUACCAAAAAAAAAAAAAAUCUGAUAUCAAUUCACAUUUUGGCUAAUAUUCCUUUGCAUUUAGCUGUUGCCAGGACUAAAGAUUUUUAUAAACCGUUUUCUGGGGUGUACCAAAAACAUUUGAAUAGGUUUAGAAUAGCUAGACUCGUUCCUUGACUUUCCUCAAAUUUCAUUACCCUCUCAGCAUGCUUGCAAACAGCUGGGUGGGCUCACUCUUGCGGUCAUACUGCUUAUUUAGUGCUGUAUUUUUUUAAACGUUUCUGUUCAGAGAACUUGCUUAAUCUUCCAUAUAUAUUCUGCUCAGGGCACUUGCAAUUAUUAGGUUCUGUUUUUCUUUUUGUUUUUUAACCUUUGAUGGUAAGAGGAAUACGGGGCUGCCACAUAGACUUUGUUUUCAUUAGUACCACUAUUUACAACUCAUGUGGACUCAGAAAAACACACACCACCUUUUUGGCUUACUUCGAGUAUUGAACUGACUGGAUCCAUUAAGACAACACUAAAAUGGGAAAAUACAUGUGGUUUGGAGCAAUAGGAACGUCAUCAUAAUUUUUGUGGUUCUAUUUCAGGUAUAGGAAUUAUAAAAUAAUUGGUUCUUUCUAAACACUUGUCCCAUUUCAUUCUCUUGCUUUUUUAGCAUGUGCAAUACUUUCUGUGCCAAUUAGAGUCUGACCGGUGUGCUAUAUAGUUAAAGCUCAUUCCCUUUUGGCGAUUUCCUUGUUCGCUUGAUCCUCCCCGUUCUGGCCAGAGCAGGGCUGGUGGGAAGGAGCCAGGAGGGGAGAGCCUCCUGCCUUUCCCCUGCUGAGGAUGCUGAGCGCAGGGCGGGGAGCCUGGAGGAGCCCUGAGUGUCUGCCACCGUGUCCCAGAAAGAGCCAGCCAAGGAGACCUAGGGGAAGAGCCGCGGUGUCCCCUGUCACCACACGGAAUAGUGGAUGUGGAGUGUGGAGAGGAAGGAGGCAGAUUCGUGUCUAAGACGUACUCUGGAGCAAUGUAGCCUGGCAUCAACCCAUUUUCCACGGUCCUUUCUGCACGUGCACAGGCCCGUCCUCAGGGUCUGUGUCCUUGAGACUUUUAGCCCUGCUGCCCAGCGUGGGCAGGAAGUGUAGCCAGUUGUGUGUGUGCAUUCUGAGCGUGCUGGCCAGGGGCCGUGGAGGGGACCACCUGCCAACAGCGGUCACCACCCCCUUAUGGCAGCUUCCUCUUCGAAUAGGAAGAAGGCACAGAGGGCAGGAGCCUCCUCUUGUUUGCAGACGCUGGGGAGCCUUUGUCACCGCUGCGGUGUAGCAAACAUGACGAUGACAGGGGUAGAAGUCCUUCGGUGCCGUGCAGCUUACAAGUAUCAGCCAUGUGCCUCUGUACUGUGUCCACUUUGCAAUAUUUACUGACAGCCGUCUUUUGUUCUUCUUUCUUCCCUGUUUUCCAUUUUUAAACUAAUAACAGCAGGCCUUUUGCGUUUACAACGGAACACAAUCACCAAGAAAUUAGUCAGGGCGAAAAGAAAAAAAAUAAUAAUAUUAUUAAUAAGAAACCAACAAACAAGAACCUCUCUUUAUAGGGAUUUCUAAAUAUAUAAAAAUGACUGUUCCUUAGAAUGUUUAACUCAAGAAUUCUUUCAGUUUGUCUGGGCCACAUUGGGGCAGGGGGUGGGGGAGGGAGGGACUCAGAGAUGGAUGCCACUUACCUCAAAUCUGUUAAAGUGGAAAUCCAAAUUGCAUUUUCAUUUGGACUUUCAGGAUAAUUUUCUAUGUCGGUCAAAUUUUUUUUGUUUUCCCUAACUCACCCAGUUGGGUUUGGGAUGAUUUGAUUUUGUUGUUUGUUGUUGAUCCCAUUUCUAACUCUGAAUUGUGACCCUAUGUGUUUUCUGUUAGGUGAGUGUGUUGGGUUUUUUUCCCCCACCAGGAAGUGGCAGCAUCCCUCCUUCUCCCCUAUAAGGAACUCUGCGGAACCUUUCACACCUCUUACUCAGGGACGGGGCCGGUGUGUGUGUGGUACACUGAUGUGUCCAGAAGCAGCACUUUGACUGCUCUGGAGUAGGGUUGUACAAUUUCAAGGAAUGUUUGGAUUUCCUGCAUCUUGUGGAUUACUCCUUAGAUACUGCAUAGAUUGCAAUAUAAUGCUGCAUGUUCAAGACGAACAGUAGCUCCUAGUAAUCAUAAAAUCCACUCUUUGCACAUAGUUUGAUCUUUACUGAAAUAUGUUGCCAAAAUUUAUUUUUAUUGUUGUAGCUUUGGAUUUUCUUCGUUUUGUUUUGUUGUUGUUUUUUUUUUAAAGGAAACAAUUGACAAUACCCUUUAACAUCUGUGACUACUAAGGAAACCUAUUUCUUUCAUAGAGAGAAAAAUCUCAAAUGCUUUUGAAGACACUAAUGCCAUGCUAUUUCAGAUGUGGGUGAGGAAGCAGAGCUCUUGGGACCCAAGGCCAGCCUUUUUGAGCUGUGUUGGUUGUCAUGGCUACUGUUUCAUGAACUGCAAGCAGCUCAACAAACUGGUCUGUUCUCUUCUGAACCCCUUUGCACUUCGAUUUCCCAGUCACCCCCGAUGAUUCCAGGUGAAAACGGGGCCAGCAGACUCCGUGGCCCAAUCCAGUUUCUUCGGUGGUGAUACAAAAGGAAAGAGAAUUAUGCUUUUUUUUUUUAAAAGUGGAGUGGAGGCCUUUGCUUCCACAUUUGUGUUUUUAACCCAGAAUUUCUGAAAUAGAGAAUUUAAGAACACAUCAAGUAAUAAAUAUACAGAGAAUAUAUACUUUUUUAUAAAGCACAUGCAUAUGCUAUUGUGUUGGGUUGGUUUCCUCUCUUUUCCACGGACAGUGUUGUGUUUCUGUUAAUAGGGAAACUCCAAACAACUUGCACACCUCUACUCCGGAGCUGAGAUUUCUUUUACAUAGAUGACCUCGCUUCAAAUAUGUUACCUUACUGAUAGGAUCUUUUCUUGUAGCACUAUACCUUGUGGGAAUUUUUUUUUUCUUUUAAAUGUACACCUAAUUUGAGAAGCUGAAGAAAAAAAUUUUGAAGCACUCACUUUGAGGAGUACAGGUAAUGUUUUAAAAAAUUGCACAAAAGAAAAAUGAAUGUCGAGAUGAUUCAUUCAGUGUUUGAAAGAUAUGGAUCUGUUGAAACAGUAAGUUUCAUACUUUGUAUGUUAGAAAAAAAAAACAAAAAAGCAGAUAAGAGUUGAAAGUUACAUGUUUUUUUGUAUAUAGAAAUUUGUCAUGUCUAAAUGAUCAGAUUUAUAUGGUUACGGCCUGGAAGAUUUACUACGUAAAAGGCUCUUAAACUAUACCUAUGCUUACUGUUGUUUUUGUUACACAUAGCCCUCGUCUGAGGGAGGGGAACUCUGUAUUCUGCUAUUUGAGAAUACUGUUCAUUCCUAUGCUGAAAGUACUUUUUUGAGCUCCCUUUUUAGUCUAAACUUUUAAGCCAUUGCAACUUCUUUUCCUUCAGAGAUGAUGUUUGACAUUUUCAGCACUUCCUGUUCCUAUAAACCCAAAGAAUAUAAUCCUGAACACGAAGUGUUUGUUAACAAGGGAUCCUAGCUACCAAUAAAACAGGACUCAUUAUGGGGACAAAAAAGAAAUUGUUUAGCCUUCUUUCCCUCCACACCUCAUUUAAAUGGGGGAGGGGUCAUGACAUGACUUCAAUUUAAAUGCCUCAUUUUAUAUCAGUUCUGAUUUUUCUUUAACAUAAGGAGGCCAAAAUAAAUGCGGAGCAACUUCUCAAAGUAGUAUUCCUGUCCAAAAAUCAUGCCGGACAGUGGAGACUGGACAGCUGUGGGGAUAGUUAGCAUCCCCACCUACAAUUCUUAAAUUCAGAAUCUCAUCCCCUCCCUUCCCGUUAAAUGCAAUUGUUCUGGUAGCUAACAUUUACCUGUAUAAUGGCGGUAGGGAACAGUGGCUUCAGUUUUUCAUGUCCCCAUGACUUGCAUACAAAUGGUUCAACUGUAUUAAAAUUAAGUGCAUUUGGCCAAUAGGUAGUAUCUCUACAAUAACAGUCUCUAAGAAUUUCCAUAACUUCUCUUAUCUGAAAGGACUCAAGUCUUCCACUGCAGAUAAAUUGGAGACUUCACCCACUCACCCGCCUUCUCUCUUUCUUUAGUUUGUUUGUUUGCUGUCUGGAUGGCCAAUGAGCCUGUCUCCUUUUACCGUGGCCAAUCUGAAGGCUUUCCUUGGAAGCGUUGUUUACAGUAAUCCUUACCGAGAUAACAUACUGUCCUCCAGAAUUACGAAGUCUGAGGUGACACUAACUUAGAGCUGUUGUUGUUGAAGAGCAGUUACCAAGAAGCUAGGUGCAUAGGUUUUCUCUGGUUCUUACGUGAACCACCUACUCUUUUAAGUUAUUAUCUGGUCCGGGAGUGGGGUAAAUUGUUUAGUCAGUGAAUCUUAAACUUGAUACCUGUGCAUUCAGUUCUGUGAAUACUGCCCUUUUCGGCCGGGUUUCUUCCUCCCCAGCCUGCACUGCUCAACCGUCAACCCAAAUUAGUGUCAGCUGAAAGGAGGUUUCAAUACAGUCCUGUCAGUAUUUGUGGUGGCCUUCGGAUUAGACAGAGCCCUCAUUUCUAGUCAGUGGGGUCCUGGCCCCAGAGCCAUCUCUGAGACUCGCACCACGGGGUAUUUUACUAUCAGAUCAUUACCCACCAAACUUCCGAUCGUACACCUCCCACAAGGAAAACAGACACCAGAGCUUGGGUUGUGGGCACUACCAGACUGACAUGGCCAGUACAGAGAACUAGGGAAGGAAUGAUGUUUUGCACCUUAUUGAAAAGAAAAUUUUAAGUGCAUACAUAGUUAAGAGCUUUUAUGGUGACAGGAGAACUUUUUUCCAUAUGCGUGCAUACUCUCUGUAAUUCCAGUGUAAAAUAUUGUACUUGCACUAGCUUUUUUAAAACAAAUAUUAAAAAAAAAAUGGAAGAAUUCAUAUUCUAUUUUCUAAUCGUGGUGUGUCUAUUUGUAGGAUACACUCGAGUCUGUUUAUUGAAUUUUAUGGUCCCUUUCUUUGAUGGUGCUUGCAGGUUUUCUAGGUAGAAAUUAUUUCAUUAUUAUAAUAAAACAAUGUUUGAUUCAAAAUUUGAACAAAAUUGUUUUAAAUAAAUUGUCUGUAUACCAGUACAAGUUUAUUGUUUCAGUAUACUCGUACUAAUAAAAUAACAGUGCCAAUUGCAAA